UGUCCUGUUUUCACCAGAGGCACAGCGCGAAGGAAAAACUUCGACACUGGAAAGAAGGAGAAUAAAUACUUAAUUACGGACGCACAGAACAGCGGCUGGGACAGACACUUCGGGAACUCAAGGCGGUCCGGGCUAAGAGAUAAUCGUUUUUACUUGAAGGAAGCUGCUUCUACUUGGGAGUCGCAGGAGAGGUGAGAAAACCACAUGGAAGACCCCCAGGAUUUAAAUGAGCAAUCAGUAAAGAAAACGUGCACAGAGUCAGAUGUUUCAGAACCUCAGAAUUCCAGGUCUAUGGAAAUGCAGGACCUAGCAAGUCCUCACACUCUUGUUGGAGGUGGUGAUACUCCGGGUAGCUCCAAACUGGAAAAAUCGAAUCUCAGCAGCACUUCAGUCACUACAAAUGGGACAGGAGGGGACAACAUGACUGUUUUAAACACAGCAGACUGGUUGCUGAGUUGCAGCACCCCCUCUUCCGCAACAAUGUCUCUUCUUGCAGUCAAAACAGAGCCCUUGAACAGCAGUGAAACCACAACCACGACUGGAGAUGGAGCGCUUGACACUUUUACUGGGUCAGUAAUUACAAGUAGUGGCUACAGCCCCAGAUCAGCACAUCAGUAUUCCCCACAGCUGUAUCCUUCCAAGCCCUAUCCACACAUUCUUUCUACACCAGCAGCUCAAACAAUGUCUGCCUAUGCAGGCCAGACUCAGUAUUCGGGAAUGCAGCAGCCAGCCGUCUACACAGCCUACUCACAGACAGGACAGCCCUACAGCCUGCCCACUUACGAUUUGGGUGUGAUGUUGCCAGCCAUCAAGACAGAGAGUGGACUUUCCCAGACCCAGUCUCCAUUACAGAGUGGCUGCCUCAGUUACAGCCCAGGGUUUUCUACCCCGCAGCCAGGCCAGACACCUUAUUCUUACCAAAUGCCAGGUUCUAGUUUUGCACCAUCAUCUACUAUUUAUGCAAAUAAUUCAGUUUCCAAUUCAACAAAUUUCAGUGGUUCACAACAGGAUUAUCCAUCCUAUACAGCCUUUGGCCAAAACCAGUAUGCACAGUAUUAUUCAGCAUCAACGUAUGGAGCGUAUAUGACACCAAAUAACACAGCCGAUGGCACACCCUCUUCAACCUCUACUUAUCAGUUGCAGGAAUCUCUCCCAGGACUGACUAACCAACCAGGUACAGAUCUUCACCCAGGAGAGUUUGAUACCAUGCAGAGCCCCUCCACACCCAUCAAAGAUCUUGAUGAGAGAACAUGUAGGAGUUCUGGCUCAAAGUCCAGAGGAAGAGGCCGGAAAAAUAAUCCCUCCCCGCCUCCUGAUAGUGACCUGGAGCGUGUGUUUGUCUGGGAUUUGGAUGAAACCAUCAUUGUUUUUCACUCACUGCUCACAGGAUCUUAUGCACAGAAGUAUGGAAAGGAUCCCCCCAUGGCUGUAACCCUUGGACUCCGCAUGGAAGAAAUGAUUUUUAAUCUUGCUGAUACUCAUUUGUUUUUUAAUGAUUUAGAGGAGUGUGAUCAAGUUCAUAUAGAUGAUGUUUCCUCUGAUGAUAAUGGGCAGGACUUAAGUACCUACAGUUUUGCAACUGAUGGCUUCCAUGCAGCUGCAAGUAGUGCAAACCUUUGUUUGCCAACAGGUGUAAGAGGAGGGGUUGACUGGAUGAGGAAGUUGGCUUUUCGUUACAGAAGAGUAAAAGAAUUAUAUAACACCUACAAGAACAAUGUUGGAGGACUCCUUGGCCCUGCCAAGAGGGAUGCCUGGCUGCAGUUAAGGGCAGAAAUUGAAGGUCUGACAGAUUCCUGGCUAACAAAUGCACUUAAGUCUUUAUCAAUUAUUAGCACUAGGAGUAACUGCGUAAAUGUCUUGGUAACGACAACGCAACUGAUCCCAGCACUUGCGAAGGUUCUACUCUAUAGUUUAGGAGGUGCUUUCCCCAUUGAGAAUAUUUACAGUGCAACUAAAAUAGGCAAGGAAAGCUGUUUUGAGCGUAUAGUGUCCAGAUUUGGCACUAACAUAACUUAUGUUGUGAUUGGAGAUGGCCGAGAUGAGGAGCAUGCCGCUAACCAGCACAACAUGCCCUUCUGGAGGAUAUCCAGUCACUCAGACCUCCUGGCUCUCCACCAAGCACUGGAAUUAGAGUAUUUGUAACUGUGUUCUGUAGCCGGAGAUCCGUUUUUUAUAUUUCAAGUACACUGAAUUUUUAUGUGUGAUUCACUGCCUCUGGCGCUACACAUAUAAAUUGUCUUAAUGGAUGAAAUCAUAUUUGGAAUAAAAAUUCCAGAAUGAAGAAUUCAGAUUGCUGAAUGGAGUUAAACUUUAGUGCUACAGAAAAGAAACUCUAUGGUCUUAUAUUUACAACACUUUAAUGGGUUUUAAAAAAAAUCUGUGGAGGUUGCUGGUACACACCAAAUGAGUCCAAACUGGAAUGAGCAGCUUUAUCAAAGAACUCUCACCCUGGCAAAGCAGCAACACACGUGCUCCGUCUGACAAGGUGGUCAACGACAUUCCUCAAAAUGAGAGAUUUUCUCAGCCCUGAGGUUUGAAUCUGACUUUAGCCUACCUAGCCCAGAAAAUCUGAAUUGGAAUGCACUCAGACUGUAGAAGGACAGUCCUAUCUAGACCUGUAAUUUGUGUAAAUUAUUGAUGAAAAUAAUUUACUGUGACUUUAUUAGCAGCUGACUUUCAAAGUGGAUGCAAUUUUUCUUUCAUUUGGCGGGGAGGGGAGUGGGAGGGGAAAUGGGAAUAUAAUAUUGUCUCUUUUUUAAGUUUGGCAAACAGAAUGUUCAUACUGAUGUGUUGUGCCUUAAAGACAAGACAGCAUUUGUGUGUUACAAUGUAACUUUGGUUAAAAUCUCUGUAGAUAAUGAAAGACAAAAACCUUUGUGAUUAUUCUUAACAUGACCAAAUUUAAAAGUCAGGCUCUCAAAGCCGCAUCGGCAAGAAACUGAGUACUUGUUGCAAUGAGAAAACAACAAUAAUAAAGGAAAGCUUCUGUUUUAUUUGGGUUCUUAAUAAUUCCAAUAAUUGUAUGAGGCAACUAUUUGUGCAUCCAACCAUAAGCAGAGGUUUGGGAAAGACUGUGGGACCUUUACUUAGAAAGUGAAAUGUAUGUAGAAGUCUCAAUACCCCUUCUACAGUUUUGCUGGAGAAAACUAAGAGCCAUAUUCAUGACAACUUGCACAGUUUUGAGGUUGAGACUUUUGAUAUGUGUAAGUUGCAUAGAGGAAGAUAUCAUGCAUAUCAUGAGCAAUUAUCACAUAAACGUUUUUAGAAUAUGCCAUGGACAUGGCAUCAAUUUCACAUUGAGUGAACAUGGCUUAAAUGUUUUUAUUUCCAAUGUAAUUGCAAAAAUGUUAAUAUCAGUAAUGGAAGGCAGAUCUCCCAGAUGGUGUCUAAUGAAAGCAAUGAGUCUAUGAAAAUUUUACCUAGAAUAUCAUCAUAAAUUAAAUUAGCAAGUGAGCUUGAUCUUGGCAGCAUCACUGAAAUGACAACAGUAAAAUAGUACCUGGUUCUCCAUCUGAAUACAUCAAUGCAGGUUUUCUUUAUGACAGACUUGCAUUUGUUAGUUUCUGCCUGUAUCAUUACUGCGCAAUGGAUGGCAUUCAUUACCAGAAGAACCUGUCAUCACUGUGUUUGCAUGGUUUUUUUUUCCUUGUGUGUAGCCCAUGUUGGGAACAUGAUACAGGUUCUCCUCUUAUUUCCUAUGACAUGAUUUCCCUUGUGGAAAUUUAAGACUUUAAGAACUAGAGUAUUUUAAUGGUGUCUGCACCUGCAGUUCUGUGUUUAAAAUAUCAUAAUGUGGAUCCCGGAGUCAGGCUACUCGUCAGUGCCCCUAGCCAGAGGCUGGUUCAUGAGUUCAUCACCUGAGGCCUCUGAGGCUUCAAUAAAGUCUACAGUUUGCUCACAGAUCACAACAUUCACUGUGGAAAUAUGAUUUCAUUUCUUCAGGCUACAAACCUGUAUUUCUUUACUGAAUGCUAAGGCCAUGUUUAUAUUGGGCAGAAAGAUAUUGAGAUUCCAAUUUUGCACAAGAUUGUGAUUUCAUCAUCUAAACCUUAAACUUAUCCUUAAAAUUUUGUAGGUUUUGGCUGCCUCUGCCCCAAGUACUAUUCCAGGCAAAUUGAAGUUGGAAUACUUUCAAUAAUAUAAAAAUAAUGAUAAAUUUUACACAUCUGUUGGCCUCUAGCUCGAAAAUAGCAGUUAAAAAAAUUUACGUGUUGCCUUGAUUAUCUAUCAGUACUUAAUUAUUUUGUGCAUCAAAUCCUUAAAUAUUUAUUACUGUGAAUAAAAACAAAUCAUCUUUACUGUACAGCCUGUUUCUUUCUUUCUCUUUUUCCUUCCUUCCUUCCUUCCUUCCUUCCUUCCUUCCUUCCUUCCUUCCUUCCUUCCUUCUUUCUUUCCUUUCUUUCUUGAGAUGGAGUCUUGCUCUGUCACCAGGCUGGAGUGCAGUGGUGCAGUCUCGGCUCACUGCAACCUCCACCUCCUAGGUUCAAGCGAUUCUCCCACAUCAGGCUCCCGAGUAGCUGGGACCACAGGUGCAUGCCACCACGCCCGGCCAAUUUUUGUAUUUUAAGUAGAGAUGGGGUUUCACCAUGGCCAGGAUGGUCUCGAUCUCUUGACCUCAUGAUCUGCCCGCCUCGGCCUCCCCAAGUGCUGGGAUUAUAGGCGUGAGCCACCGUGCCCAGCCAGCAGGUUUCUUUAAAUGAUAGAACUGUGGCAUUACAUCUAAAUUUGUUAAGUCUUUUUAUAUCAAACAAGCAAGGCUUUUUAUGCUGCUAAAUUUGCAGGUGCAGAAAGAAACACCCAUGGAAGAGCAAAGAGAAGCUGGCUGGUUGCAUCACCCCAUGCUGUUUCUCACACACAUCUCUUUUUCUGAUUCUGUGUUCAGAAAAGGCUGACAGCAUAAAACAUAAAUGCUAGACUGACGAACAACAGCUUGCCUGGCACAACAGUGUUACAGGCCCACUAGCCAGCAUCACAGCUUGGCCACGGGACUUUGCGCAAACUAGAACUCUUCCCUUCCCACCUUACGAACAGAAAAUCCUCUUCCUUUCUAAUCUGAAAAAUGAAAACCGAACUAACAAACACAAAAACAACCCCUUGGCAGUUCUCACCUCCUAUUUACAUACGGAAUAUUGUGCCUUACUGUAAACCAGUUUGAAAAAAUGUUCUGUAAGUAAAGUGGGUUUUUGGCUGUUACGUAUACAAGCUUGGUAUGUUACCAGAAACGAUAACCACCUCGUGUUGCACCUUAAAAAUAUCAAAACCACGUGAUUUCAGUAGCAAAAUAGGUGGCCUGGCUACAGAAUUAUAGCAUACAAUUAGGACACUAUGCCCCUGCAAAAAUGUGUAAAUCAAAUUCAGAGACAAAAACAUAUUUAGAAUCAUGCAGUUUGCACACAAAAAAUAGGUAAUAACUGUCUUUAAAAAUGUUUUCUCCUUAGUCUGUGAUGAGCUAACAUUGAGAAUAGUGUCAACAGCAUGCUCCUGUAUGAAACUGUUUUUUUAAAGCACAUUUGUUUAUGACAGGCCUGCAUUCUCAGUGAAUAUGGCGUUUAGUAUUUCUUUUGAAAACAAACUGAAGCAUCAUGAGCCAAAGUUGCAUUUUGACUCCCAACUACGGUAGCAUUAUGGACAGCUUGAAAUGUCAAGGGUUUCUGUUAUAUAUUAGUAAAGUAUAGAUUAUUGGGGCCUACAUAAUUUAAAGAAAUGUAAAUUAAUAUUAAAAGCUUGUAAAAAUAUGUAUAUCUUUACUAUUUCUCAAUAAAUACCUUUGCAAAUGUU